CUUACGAAGCGGUAGCAGAAACAGUAAUUCUACCGAGAACUUCGUUUCGCGCUUUUCACCUAAGCGGAGUGAAUAGCCGCAUCAGAAUUACAAAGUGAGCGAGAAUCAAAGUGCGAGAUUAUGUUUGAAUGCGAGGGCAUACUGUAGUGCCUCUUUUGUUGGUUUGAUAUCACGGCACCACCUGGUGAUGGAAACGAUGGGUUCACAAAACGUGCCGAAAUUCCCAAGAAAAGCACCCGUGCGUUCGGCUCAGAUACAUUCUAUUUAUAAGCAAGCUGCCGCUGUUCCGAUUCCGACGCGCGGUUAUUUAUCUGUCACCAACGAACAUGUCACUGUCACAUCGGACUGGAGCUAUAUUGACGCCGAAUCCCAGGAACAAAUAGGGUUCACGGUUUCGCAUCGUGCCGAACUUAGCAAAGACGGUCGAGACGAGCUGGGCCAAUUUAAAUGUGUCCAAUCUUCCACCGAUAUUCAUUCGUCGAUAAUUUCGAUAACCACCUCGGAAGGAAAGCUUGGCCGCAAAGCAGUGCACAGAAAAUGUUUAAGACGCGGCAAAGAGGUCGAUCUAUUGACGAUUUGUGCUCUUGAUGCUGAGAUGUGGACUUACGAUCCGCAAAAGUAUGGCUACCAUGGAAGGAUACUUUCCAAAGGAAACUUUGCGUCAUGCGAAUGGUCUCGCCAAGAAGAUAAGCUUUUGUUCGUGGCAGAAAGAACAAAGGCCUCGAGAAGGCAUAGGGUUGAGCCUACAGUGAUGUUACCAACCAGGACGGAUGGCCCCUCGGAAUCUAACUCCAGUGAUCAUUCAAAGUCAGACUCGGGUCACCCUUCGUAUUUUCAUAGCUUUGAGUGCCAGCAGAAAUCAAGUGGGCCUUCGGAGAUGAAUUCUCACCCGGAAUCGGACGCCGCUGCGGGGAACGGGAACGUUCCCGAGCCGAUGUCGGAGACAUCCGCAAAGAAAGAACACAAAUUUGGGUCGUCCAGCAAAACGGGCAACUACAAUCCAGAAUCAAAACUUAGCUUUGGGGCUAGUUAUGACAACGAAACCGUGUGCCCGAUCAUCGCCGUAUUGAAGGUGCCGAAAAUAUUCUUUCCUCCAUUUGAGAACGAUGCGAACUUUGACCUUCUCGCGCCACCGGAAGCAAGCAAAGGCUACGAGGAAGCUAUGGAGGGGGACGCGGACGACGACGAAAGCGAUGUUAACGAAGUGGACAUUGAUGAAGACGCCGAAGACCGCGUUGCUAUUCUUGAGGCAUCGCGACACAAAAGAGAAAAAUUACAACUCAUUUUGAUCCACAUGGCCAACGUCAGCUUGGGGCAGGCUGUAUUCACACCGGACGGGAAAGGCGUUGUCUUCGUCGGAAUGCCGAAUGGGCCACCGUAUCGUCCAGGUGUGAGUAAGAACCGCAUUCAACGCCUAUACCAUUUCGACGUGGAUACCAGAGUUGUCACUGAGAUUGGAAACAGUAACAAAUACAUUUAUUCGCCGCGUUUCUCGGCCCCGGGAGACUGUUUACUUUACUUGCAGAAUGAAAGUGGCGGAACCAACGAUAAGGCGUCUGAAUUGUAUUGUGUGGACUGGAAGAGUAAAAUGGCAAAACUUAUUACUACAGUACCUGAGGAUCCCCGAGUGGACGAGUUCCCGGGACUUUACCAGACAAAACUGAUUCCUCAUUGCACCAACGCAGAGGGUAACCUCCUCUAUGUCCAAACGCAAUGGCAUUUCACUACCCAAGUAUUGCAAAUUGACCUAAGGAGCAGGGCUAUUAUGAAUGUCAGUGCAGAAGUGGUUCGCAACCUUUUCCGGGAUCUUUUAUCGUGGGAGCUUCUUUGCGUGAAAGGUGAUUACAUACUUCUAGCCUGUUCAUCGCUGUCUGACAGACCUAACCUAGUAGUAGGCCGAAAAACGCGCUGCGAUACAGGAUUGCAGUGGAGUUUUCAAAACAAUCAAACAAUUUACGGUUGUCCACUACGCAACGGACUAAUAAGUUAUAGAAACCAGCCAUUUUACAACUACACGAACGACCUUUUCGAGAUGCGGCCUGAUCGGCAGCCGGACCUGUUUUAUAGCGCAGUGCACUUAUUUCCGCAAAAUAGAAACCACCCGCUGAUUGUCGUCAUCCAUGGGGGACCCCAUUCCGCUUUCACGACGAAGUUCUCCUCGGCGUAUGAGUUUCUACAGCGGUUAGAUUAUGGAUUACUGUUGGUAAAUUAUCGAGGGUCCACGGGCUACGGCGAAAAGAAUCUACGUUCACUGACUGGUCAUGUUGGCACGUUUGACGUCGACGAUGUCCACAACGCUGUGCAGCGAUCUCAAUUAGGCGGACUCGUGACGCACGUCGUGGUGCUUGGUGAAGGUCAUGGUGGGGCUGUUGCACUUCAUCUGGCUACGAAAUACCCUAAGAUCUACAAGGGAUGCUUCCUGGUGAACCCUACCUUCGACCUAUACGACCUCAGGCGCGAUAACCUACCAGAUAUGCUCCGGAAAUUAUUUAUUAUGGAACCUGUAGAGAUCCUAGCCAGAACUGACAAUGAUGCAGAGGGCGAAGCAAACUCAGACUCUGAAAUGCUAUCGGAUCCUUGCGCGCCGGUGUUUACGAUGCGGUGCUUUCUCGCUGUCAGCAGCGACCACGACCGCAUCGCCCACGCUCAAGCCUUAAGGUUAUACACACAUCUAAAAUUUUUGCGCACUCAGCUGGUCACCCAGUAUCACCUGCGAACGCCCGCACACAAGUACGAACUGUUCCGUAACAUUGUAACCAUAGCCGACAGUUUGUGUGCCAGUGGCUAAAACGAAACUACUAGAUAAAAACGACCGUAGCAAAUGCAGAAAAAGUUGGAGUUGCGGAAGAACUAGCUUGACCGGGCAUCUAUUGUGGGACCAAAUAAUCGAUUCGAUAGCAAACUGAUAGAAAGUCGAUCAGAUUCAACCGAGUACGAAAGGAAGGACAGUGCAUUCAUUGUGUGUACCAGGACUGUUAGCCGACGGCAUAGGUCUUAGCUUCAACAGUAUAAACCUGAUUAGGUUUUCAAUUAAAUACAUUCCUAUAUGCGAUCCAUAUGUCGAUAUAUUGUAAUUAAACACUUAGUUAA